AUCUCAGUUUGAGUCUCUCGUCUUCAAGAGUAUAAGCGCUGGAUGUAAGCCGGGCAGAUACUUUUAACAAACGGCGUCUAUUCUCAACGGGGACGUGGGCCACGUCGUAUUAUUUCCACUCAGGAUGACAAAACUGUUCAAUCAACUGUGUGAGGAAACGUUAAUGCAUUGGUUGGAGGGGAGGAAGAAAUUCAAGUUGUUGUUUGAAAGCGGAACCUCAAAGAACGUCCCGUAUGACUUUCACAGAUGUUGCGACAGAAAAGGACCGACUGUAUCCAUCUUCUUUGCAGACAACAGUUCGUUUGGGGGGUAUACUUCUGCAAGUUGGGAUGCCAAACCUUCAGGAUCAAAACCGGAUCGUGAUGCUUUCGUGUUCAAAUUGUACGACCGAGGUUCUUUCGAUCCAAGAAAAUAUGACACUGAUGAUCACAGCUGUUCAAUCUACUGUCAUCCUCUCUACGGCCCAACGUUUGGCGGAGGUAACGAUGAGAAAGCAAGACGAGAUGUUGAAACCAGACUUGAGCGGCGCUCUCCUUACAGGCGGGAUGUGGUGAUGAAGCUCCUGAUCCUGACUGACCUGGGCCAGACAUACAACAGCCAGAGGCACCACAGACAUGAACGUCUGGUUUCCAACAAUAUGGCUCAAACGGGAUUUCAAGUUUACCAAGUUCUUGAUGAUAAAGAUUACCUGCCUUCCCCAUGGACACAAAUAACGGACACAAAUGACGUCCUCUACCGGCCGAACGUUUUUUCAAGCGAACCCCACAGAGUUAUGUGCCUUGGAGCGCUCUUUAUAAAUGCCAUGGGCGCAACCCGUGAAAGCCAGUUCGGCAAACACCGACACCACCAUGUGCGACAGUUUCCGAUAUACAGAAACAUGAAGGCAGACAUAGAAGCUUAUAGCGUGCCCCAAACACUUGACCCCGUGAAGAUCUUGCUUGUGUGUCAGCGAGAUGCCGGCCAGUCCAGCUACAUACACAGCAUUCGCUCCGCCUUUAGGGGUUAUGUCACAAGUGCCCACAGCACUGAAGUUGCAAGUGGUACUUCCAAGAGGAAGGAACAUGAGAUCAAAAGAGGACAAGACAGGGCAGUUCUCAGUUUGAGAUUUUGUGAGAGUCCAGGAUUGGAAACACCCCAAGACACUACGCCUGAUGCAGAUUCAAUCACGACGAAGCUUGCAUUAUGGAUUCACGGUAUCAUUGACAGUUAUAGGAAGAGGACUGAUUUGAAGAGCAUGCAUGGUAUUGUGUUUGUUAUUGAUGGAAGUGUCAUCGAUGACCUACCGAGAGAUAUAAAAAGGGAGUUUGACAAGUGGAAAGACAUAGCCAACAAAUGCAAUAUUCCCCAAACAGUGGUGCUAUCAAAGAUAGACUUGGUUUGCUCGUUGGCGGACAAAGACCUGUCUCUUACGUUCGACAGUUCUAAGAUAGCAGAUCUGGUUGACAAGGCAGCAGAGCUCAUGGGUCAACCGCGCUCGCACAUCUUCCCGGUGAAGAACUAUGUUGAGGAGAUUGAACUAGAAAAGGAGGUGGACCGACUUACUCUGUUCAGUCUAAGGCAGAUGCUACGGUUCAUACAAGAUCGCCAGCAUGAUUCUGUGCAGAGCUCAAGACCAGAAGACAUUGUGUAGCAGCUAUGGUGUCCAUGGGAGUGUUCCCGGAGAUCGUGUAGAGCCAUAUCCGAACAGUAAUAUUCAUUUCAGCCAUGUAGUAUAGAACGUAUAUCACACAUAUUAUUAUCGUGAAGAAAUUUGACGUUUAUCUAGUGCUAGCUGAUGCUUAAGCCACGCGUUUCUGUCAAUGAAGCUAUUACAAAGGUCAAAAUAUCAAGGUCACAAAAGUGAGUUCGGGAUUUAACCCAACCCUUCAACUAAUAGGAUAACCUGAUACGACCAGAUGUCUUUAACUUGUGAUGAACGCUAUGCCUAGACUGUAGACACCUGGAGAUGGUGGUUCUCAGUGGGACUUCCGAUUCAGGAAGACAUGGUUGAUUGACUUUGGAGUGGACGUUACCCGUCUACAAAUGAUUAAGGGUAUAUUUCCAAAUGGUAUUCAAUACUUUGUAUUCAGUUUUGACAUUUUGUUCGAUUUGUUUACGUCAUCACCUUUAAGGAUUGUCCUCAUUAUUUUACCUUAGUUUAAACAAGUCAAAUAUACUUCAUAUGGAGAAAGAUGCUUCCAGACUAUUCUCAUACAAAGUAGUUGCAAUCACUGUCGGCGGCUUCUUCCUGUGUUCUCUCAGGGAUGGUUGACAGGAUUAUUUGAUGUAGUUAUCCAUAUUUAGUCCUAUAUUGAGAGCUGUGAUCAUAUGAAUGUGUUCCCAGCCGUUGUGACGCCCUACAGCGAAUGCAUUUGCCACGCAGGUGAUUUCUAUAGUUGAGUGCUUUGUGCCAGAAUAAGCGAUGGUGGUUUUCCGUUAAUUUAUUUUGUGCUACAGAUGCAAAUACAUAGCCAUACUAGAACAAAACUCAGAAUGUACGUAAACACAACGACGCUUGUAUUUUGUGAUCCACACUUGUUAGCUAUAGCAUAAGUGUUACUCAUUGAUACAAGCUGACUAUACUACAGAAUUUUUCCUGAAUUGUCCUUGGUCACUGUAACAACAUCUACAACGUCAGAUAAGAUAUCAGAGGGCCUAUAGAUACGUCUCGCGAGGCGCUACUUCCGGUACUAAGCUGGUUCCCCGCACCCUUUGCGCGCACCAACUUGCGAUAUGCGAGACGGGGCCCAGAUUACUUCCGGUACCAAAUUUCCGGUGACAAGCAUAUAUUUACGAACCAGUUCUGGUUCCAAGUUGCGCGACCGCCAAAUAUGGCAUUGCUAGAUCGGACCAAGUGUACAACUAUGCUUGGCUGUCACAACUGUUGACAGUCGUAAAUGUUGGCUAAAUUAGAGAUGGUGUGACAGGAAAUUUCUUAUUCCUGCAAGGAUUAUCGGGUUCCUUACCAUCACCUGACAAUCAAGAGACCAUUCGAAAAUGUAUGAAACGUUGUUUGUCACCGGAAGUACUAAGGUCUCGGGAAGUGCCGUGACCUACGGCGGGCCCAGUCGUACAAAGGUUAGACGAAUUGUAGGCAGCAUGCUUAGCAUCACAAGAAAGGCCAAUAUUAUCAUUAAACUAUUCUAAUCAUUGUUGUUUUCUUGCACACACUGGCAUGGAUAUUUCCAAAUGGUACAUUACUUAUAAUUACGAAAUAAAACUAUCUUCUCCAGGAAUUACACCUUGAUGAAAUGUUGAAAUGACAUGAAUGAAAUUAAUUAUUAAAGAUGGUGGUGAAACGUUAACUUUGUGAUUGCAUGGUUUGAUUAUAAUGUUAUUAAUCGUUGUUGACAAAUAUUUAAAGUUUUACCGUAGAAUCUAUUCCGGUAUGACCUUAAUGACCUGGAUGCCGUUGUACAAAACAGCCUUAACGCUAAGAUUACCUUAAGUCUAUGUUAAGGUAUGGGAGUUACGGUUACCUUAGCGCUAAGAUAGCUUUGUACAACGGCACCCUGGAACUACACAUUGAUAAAAUGUUGAAAUGACUUGAAUGAAAUUAAAAGAUAAACGUGAA